UAGAUUCAAUCAGCUGUGUGACGUUCUCUCUCUCCAGUCCUCCUGAAAUGCUUUUAGACUGCAGGCAAACAGCCAACUACAUGAGGUAUCUCUCAGUCAUAGUUUAUACUGGAAAAAAUAAUCCCAUGUCUCAGGAACAGAAGGCAUCGUAGACCUGUGGUGAUGUGGGAUGAUGGUUCUGCCACCGAAGGCAACUUCUUUAUCAGCCGCCCCAAUGGAACAGCGCGCUGCGAGCAAUGCAUCUGGAUCCGGCUCCUUGGGAACUAUGGACCUGAAAGACGAUCAGAUUCAGCUGUUGGAAGAGAACUUCGCUCGGACGAAGCAGCCGGACGCCUCCACUCUAAUGCUAGUUGCGGCGGAGUGUGGUCUAUCCGAGGCUGAUACAGCGCAAUGGUUUAAGCAGCGCUAUGCAAAAUGGAGACAAGCAGAAGGAUUACCUCCAGAGUGUGGAUCUGUCAAAGACUAAAGACUGGUAAACACUGCUGUUGCCAUCACCAUGGAGUCAAUUCCAUUACGCUGCAGGCUACUUUCAUUUCGCUGGCUAUAUCCAGCAGGAAUGCCUCCUUGUUUAGGAUCAGAGCUUAAUACCUCCUCUCAGUGACUUUGGUUUACUUCUGUGAAUUCAAAGUAUGUUUGAUUUAAUAUUUUUGCAUAGCUUGAAUCUUGUUUGUUGUGGGGUACUCAUUUACACUAAUUAUAUGCUAAUUUCAAUUUAAUGUGAUUGUUAGAUAAGUAAAAUUCUUUUGGGUUUAAGUGCAAUUAAAUCAUGUAUCUGUGUGAUAUUAAAUAAUAUAUAAUUUGAAACUGAAGACAAGAAUGCACUCCUUUCAUGCCCUUUAAAUAAAAAGCUUAACUUUU